AAAAAAGAAAAGAAAUUAAAAUUAGGAGGCUGAGUUUGCCCUAGAAACCUACUCUCUCUCUCUACCUCCUUGGCGUAUAUAAAAGCCUUGCUCUCCCCCAAUUCAUCCCACAAUCUCUCACGCGGACGUUUACAAUAGAGACCCAUCCAUCUCUAGCCCCUCUAUUUUCUUCAUUAUAAGGAAGUUGGCAGUUUUGUCUGCUUCAUCUGCAGUUCAUCAAAAGUGGAGUUCGUCAAGUUUGAAGCUUUUUUUAUGUCUGAGCGGGCCUCUCUCUUUUUGUCAUCAAUUGGAUUACUUGGAGAGUACUGUCCUACGUCUAGAAAAAAGAUCAGAAGUUCUGCAACUAAGGUUGGCUGCAUGCAUCUUGGGUUUUUUGAGGGCCAUUGCACAGACUAUAUAGGUUGCCAGUUUAUGCGUCCUUUCCCUUCUGCUAGGAACGUGCCUGCUAAAGGAGAAUUUUCUAUUAUUAGAGAGCAUACUGCUGCUGAUUUUUGUCACUUCUGAUUAACGUGAUACUGGUCUCUCCAUCAGUACCAACAAGAUGGCAUUGCAAAAUAUUGGUGCUUCCAACAGUGAUGAUGCCUUUUACAGGUAUAAGAUGCCAAAAAUGAUAACCAAGAUUGAAGGUAGGGGAAAUGGCAUCAAAACUAACGUUGUUAACAUGGUUGAGAUUGCUAAGGCCUUGGCUAGACCUGCUUCCUACACGACGAAGUACUUUGGUAAUGAGCUUGGAGCCCAAUCCAAGUUUGAUGAGAGGACCGGAACUUCACUUGUGAAUGGAGCCCAUGACACUGCAAAACUUGCUGGGCUGCUUGAAAACUUCAUCAAGAAGUAUGUUCAAUGCUAUGGCUGUGGGAACCCUGAAACUGAGGUAGUUAUAACCAAGACACAAAUGAUUACCUUGAAGUGUGCUGCCUGUGGAUUUGUUUCUGAUGUUGAUAUGAGGGAUAAGCUUACAACAUUUAUUCUCAAGAACCCACCUGAGCCAAAAAAGGGAUCUAAAGACAAGAAAGCAAUGAGGAGGGCUGAGAAGGAACGGCUCAAGGAGGGUGAGGCUGCCGAUGAGGAGCAGAAGAAGCUCAAAAAGGAGACAACAAAGAAGAAAGGCACCUCUGGUAGUUCUAGGGAUGGUGCUAAAGGUACGUCAUCAAAGAAGAAAGGCAAUGGCUCAGAUGAGGAUCACUCGCCAGCUCACAGCCAGGCUGAUGAAAAUGACCAAUUGAUUGCUGAUGAUGAAGAUGACGGUGAUGAUGAUAUCCAGUGGCAAACAGAUACUUCUUUGGAGGCAGCUAAACAACGCAUCCAAGAGCAAUUGAGUGCUGUUACUGCAGAUAUGGUAAUGCUAUCCACAAAUGAAGACAAGGCAAAGUCAGCAAAAAAGUCUCCAGAACGAGAGGUUAAGGCUCACCAGAAUGGCUCUAAGAGCAAUGACCCCCUAGAAGGCCUUGUUAAUGAAAUAAAUGGAUAUCUGAAAAAGGGUGGUCCUGCAAGCCAGCUGAAGUCGUUCUUGAGUUCUCUCUCUGGGACACCUCAAGAAGUCAUUAAUGCGCUGUUUGCUGCUCUCUUUGGAGGUGUUGAAAAAGGGUUUGCCAAGGAGGUGACUAAAAAAAGGAACUACCUGGCAGCAGCAACUCAAGAGGAGGGAUCACAGAUGCUUCUGUUGCAUGCCCUUGAGUUUUUCUGUGGUAACGCAAGCCCUGAGGCAGUUAAAGAGGUACCAUUGGCUGUUAAAGUACUGUAUGACUAUGAUGUGCUGGAAGAGGAGUUUAUCCUAGAGUGGUACCAGAAGGGUUUAAGCGGUGCUAACAAAAGCUCACCAGUCUGGAAGAAUGUCAAGCCUUUUGUUGAAUGGCUUCAGAAUGCCGAGUCUGAAUCAGAAGAUGAGUGACUACUUAAGAGUUCUUUACUGGGUGUGUUUACAGUUUUACAGUGUCAGUUCUUCCUUCGUGGAAUAAGGUUGGUGGUAUUAUUGGUCUCUGCCCGGACUUGAAAUAAGAGGGGAACAUUGGGCCUGCAUUUCUGUGUUUUGUGUCGCUCAAUGAUUUCUCGUUGGAUUGUCCUACCACUAGUCAUCGGUUGGGUUUCUUAGUCUCUCUGCGAGUUUGUAUGUUUUGUCUGGAUUUGCAUUUAUAAGCUAAUAUAAAUUGCCAGUUUGAGUUUGGAGUCA